GGACGAGGCGGAGCCGCCCCGCCGCCAUCUUAGGCGCGUUCACCGCCCGCCCCUCCCUCGCCUGAGCGCGCGCGCGGCUCGCGGUCGCUGCUUGCCCGUUCCCUUACCGGUGACGCUGAGCUGAGGAGCAGCGCGAGUUACUCUCACUUUGGCAUACGUUCAGAGGCAGCAAUGUCCAGCGUGCCCGUGGCUGUGGUGACCGGAUCCAACAAAGGGAUCGGACUCGCAAUUGUGCGGGCUCUAUGCAGGCAGUUCCAGGGGGAUGUGUACCUGACUGCCCGAGACCCUGGCCGUGGCCAGGAGGCAGUGGCAGAGCUCCAGAGAGAAGGGCUACGUGCGCUCUUCUAUCAGCUGGAUAUUGAUGAUCUGCAGAGCAUCAGGGCUCUUCGUGACUUCCUGAAAGAGAAAUAUGGAGGGCUGAAUGUGCUCAUUAACAAUGCAGGAAUCGCUUUCAAAGUUCAUGACACAACUCCAUUUGCAGUCCAAGCAGAGGUUACACUGAAGACCAACUUUUUUGGAACCAGGAAUGUUUGCACAGAAUUGUUGCCUCUUAUGAAGCCUUAUGGUAGAGUGGUGAAUGUGUCUAGUAUGGUGAGUAGCUCAGCUCUGAAAGGCUGCAGCCAAGAACUACAGCAAAAGUUUCGCAGCAACACGAUCACUGAGGAUGAGUUAGUGGAACUCAUGACCAAAUUUGUGGAAGAUACCAAGAAAGGUGUGCAUGAAAAAGAAGGUUGGCCAAAUACUGCAUAUGGAGUAUCCAAAAUUGGUGUCACAGUCUUGUCCAGGAUUCAAGCCCGAAUGUUAAAUGAGAAAAGAAAAGGUGACCACAUCCUUCUCAAUGCCUGCUGUCCUGGAUGGGUGAGAACAGACAUGGCGGGUCCUAAAGCCACUAAAUCACCAGAGGAGGGGGCUGAGACACCAGUUUACUUAGCUCUCUUGCCUUCGGAUGCUGAUGGUCCUCAUGGCCAGUUUGUCAGUGACAAAACUGUUCGCACCUGGUGAGUUUAUGUAUGUGGACCCAUGCGAGUGGUAAUAUGACUGUGGAUUGGCCUGUGCCUUGGUAGGAAACAUUUAGCCAGAGUAGUCUCAUCCUGUCCACAGCAGCAGCAGGGUCCUUUAUCGUUAAAAUGAGGGUUACAGUUAUGGUACUUCUCUAGGAUUAAGUCUACACUAGAGUACACUUCCCAACAGUCUCCAUUAGCCUGCUUACAGCAUUGGCUCUGUAACCCAAGGUGUGAUUUGUGAGUGUUCCAGCCCAGAUGAUACAGGAUAGUUUGGUGUUGCCCUAAUGCCGAGGUGCCUGACCUUGUUUACCUGAAUUUACUCUUUAUUAAAUCAUUGCCAGGGACCAUAGUUGCUUUUGGGGGUUAUACAGGGCUUCUCAAAGUGGGAGGGUUUUUUUUUUUUAAAACUAUGGUCUGACCAGCUGGGAGGCAUGUGUGUAUAAGACCAGAAGAGAAUUGCUGCUGCAUAGAGAUUCCUUAUCAGUACAAAAUGGAACUGGGUGAAAAUAAAAGUAGCAGUGAUGUACUAAUAACAGCAAAACUUGAUCAGUUUGCAUUAUUGAUCUGUAUCUCAAUAAAUGAUUACUUACUGAUUUGUAUCCA